AUGGUGGCCGGAGGUGCAGAAUACUCAGAGCUCAGAAUCUGCCGGGGAAAUUGCCGACAAAACUCCCUUGCCAACAAUGAUCUCUCCUGGAAUUACCUUAACGGUACCAUCCCCAGAGAAUGGGGUUCAUUGCGACUUACAAAUAUUUCCAUACUGGGAAACCGGAUAUCAGGGCCGAUACCAAAAGAAUUGGGGAAAAUCAGCACAUUACUUGAUCUGACUUUGGAGCAAAAUCAAUUGAAUGGAUCUAUUCCUCCUGAGCUCGGGGAUCUUCCCAAAUUGGAAAAGUUUCGGAUAUCUGAUAACCGUUUGGAGGGGAUCAUACCGAGCUUCAUUGCAAACUGGACACAUCUUGAAAUACUAAUAGUUCAGGCAAGUGGUCUUAAAGGGCCGAUACCUUCUGUUAUUUCUUCCUUGUCCAAUGUGACUGAUCUGAGAAUUAGUGAUUUGAAUGGAAAUGGUGCCACUUUUCCUCUCCUCAGUGGGGCAAAAUAUUUGAACACACUGGAUCUCAGUUUUAACAACCUCAUUGGGCCAGUUCCAGACAGCUACAAGUACUUAUCAGGCACGGAUUCCAUUUUUCUGACUGGGAACUUCCUUUCUGGACAAGUACCUGGAUGGAUGCUGGAGAGAGGGGAUAACAUAGAUCUGUCAUACAACAAUUUUACGGGAAGUGGAGCUACACUUAACUGUCUACUAAGAAAAAAGAACUUGUUUGGAAGCUCUUCAAGGGGAAGCACCACAGGCCUUGUUUCAUGUUUAAGCAGUUUCCAAUGUCCAACAACUGUUUACUCUCUACACAUAAAUUGCGGUGGAGGAGAAGUGAAACUUGAGAAUGGCAUAUUCUACGAAGAAGAUAUUAGUUCUGAAGGACCUUCAAGUUUUGUCAAAAGUAGAUGUAGCUGGGGAUAUAGCAGUACAGGUCAAUUCUUGGAUGAUAAUGACGAUAGUGAUACAUAUAUCUGGAAUACUUCCCGUGCAGCUGAGAAAAAUCAAGACAUAACAUAUGCUAGUCUUGGUAGGCGCUUUUUUGAUAUUUUCAUUCAGGGGAAAUUACUGAAGAAAGAUUUCAAUAUUGAUGACGAAGCAGGUGGAGUUAAUAAACCCGUAGUUAGAAAUUUUAGUUCGGUUGUCAGUGAUAAUACUUUGGAAAUCCGCUUCUACUGGGCUGGAAAAGGGACAACCUCUAUUCCUGUUGGUGGAGUAUAUGGUCCGUUAAUUUCAGCGAUUUCUGUGUUGCUGUUUGGUGGAAAGGGUGUUGGUGAAACGAAGGUUCAUUUGAAAGUGGGUCACCUAGGAGAUGGAACCAUCAUUGCUGUAAAGCAACUGUCUUCCAGAUCAAAUCAAGGGAACCGAGAAUUUGUGAAUGAAAUAGGUAUAAUUUCAGAUCUACAACAUCCUAACCUUGUGAAGCUGUAUGGAUGCUGCAUUGAGGGGAAUCAACUACUGCUUAUCUAUGAAUAUAUGGAGAAUAACAGCCUUGCACGUGCAUUAUUUGGACCUGAAGAACAUCAGUUACAAUUAGAUUGGCCUAUGAGACACAAGAUUUAUAUUGGUAUAGCAAGAGCUUUGGCUUAUCUGCAUGAAGAAUCGAGGUUGAAAAUAGUGCACAGAGACAUCAAAACCACCAACGUGCUGCUUGAUAAGGAUCUAAAUCCCAAGAUAUCUGACUUUGGUCUGGCAAAGCUUAGUGAAGAAAACACCCAUAUAUGUACUCGUGUUGCUGGAACCCUUGGCUAUAUGGCACCUGAAUAUGCAUUGAGGGGCUAUUUAACCGAUAAAGCCGAUGUUUACAGCUUUGGGGUUGUCCUUUUGGAAAUUGUGAGUGGAAGGAGUAGCACUAGUAUCAAACCAAAGCAGGAUUUUUUUAUCUUCUUGACUGGGUUUUGCAAAAUGGAUUUCGUUGCCACUACUCAUGAGCCAUAAUAAGCAUUCUCUACUUCAUUUUACAAGAAUAGAGCUUCUUGUUGAGUCACUAAAGUGGAUCCAGCAUCAGAAUUCAGAACAUGUUUCUCUGUCUCACGGAUACUGCUAAUCUGCUGAAGCACGAAGGGAAUCUAAUGGAACUAAUAGAUCCAAGAGUAGUAUCAGACUACGGUGAAGAGGAGAUUAUGCCGACAUUGCAUGUAGCCCGUCUUUGCACGAAUGUCACAUCGUCUGAUAGACCUAGUAUGUCUUCGGUGGUUAGCAUGUUGGAAGGAUGCGGAAUUGGCAAUAGGUCAGCUUCAGAACUAGGAUACGGAAUUGGUAAAAGGUAAGCUUCAGAACUGAGUAUCUCAAGCAAAUAUAAUGAGUUUAAGGCCCUAUAGAAUUCUCAAACGAGCAGGAGUCCUGAAAACUCAAAUGAGAGCCAGAUAGAAAAAGCAUCUCCAGAUUUGCCAUCUACUGCUUCUUCUGCAUCUGCUAAAGAUCUAUACCCGAUUAUCUUGGAUUCUAACUACAUAUUGACAAGAUCAUAUAGAUAAGGGGGCUCUUCAGGGAUUAUGUAUGUGUGUAAUGUGUUGAUAAAUAUCCAUACUGUUAAAGCGUUUCGGGUUAACCAUACUGUUUGUUCCCACAGCUUGCAUUUGAAUACGGUGUAAAGUGAAAUCAAAAUUUUUGUUUUAAACGUACUGAAAAUCAUCUAGCA